GUGUGAAUCCCGAAGACUAUAUUCAUUCACAAGGAGCAACUAUAUGGGGUUUCUGGGGCAGGACAGAGUCAUGCCAAAAUGGAUCGUAUGCCUAUGGGUUUGAAAUUUCGGUCGAACCAGAGGUCGGAUCACUCGAUGACGAUUCCAGUCUAAACGCCAUACAGCUGUUCUGUCGCACCCCUGGAGGCGGUCACACCGGAGAGGUUACGUCAGAUACAAUGGACCGAGGAGUGUGGACCGGGUCCCAUCACUGCCUCGGUGGAUUUCUCAGAGGAUACGAUCUCAAGAGCCAUGCUGACGUAGGCGCCAUAGGAGACAACACCGCUGCCAACGGUCUGAAGAUGUGGUGCACGGGGGAGGAGGCGCCAAUGGAAGCCCCUGGUAACAAGUGGGGGGAUUGGCUUGGCCCUUCGUACUGCAAGGAGGGUUAUGUCAUCUGUGGUAUCAUGACGCGCGUGCAGCCCAACCAGGGAACCUUCGGUGAUGAUACGGCACUUAAUGAUGUUAAGUUCCUCUGCUGCCAGUUGUAGA